AUGCCGGCAACAGCAAACAUCAUCGACCGAGACGUCACGAUCGUGGGAGGAGGAUUCGGAGGCUGUUAUCUCUUGAAGCUGCUGCGAGACCGAGGCUUCUCAACGAUACUGUUGGAGGCAGGUGCCAGACUUGGAGGUGUAUGGGCUUGGAGUUGCUAUCCAGGCGCGAGAGUGGACUGCGAGCUUCCGUAUUAUGGCUAUAGCGAUCCUGACAUCUGGAGCACAUGGAACUGGACUGAGCGCUUCCCUGAAUACAAACAGCUAAGAAGCUACUUCGAACAUGUCGAUGAGGUCUGGAAGCUGUCCCAAGAUUGUGUGCUUAACACUCAGGUGACAGGAGCAGUCUGGCAGGAAGAGGCGGGAGUCUGGCUGGUGACGACCCGCGAUGGUCAGCAGUAUCGAAGCACAUGGCUUAUGGCUGCCACAGGAACGUCGUUCAAGCCCAAUAUCGCCAAGAUCAAGGGUCUUGACACUUUCAAGGGUGCCAUGCAUCAUUCCGCAGCAUGGCCAGAAGAAGGCGUAGAGAUGGAAGGCAAGCGGGUGGCGAUCAUCGGCGCAGGCAGCACCGGCAUUCAAGUCGUCCAAGAGGCUGCCAAAGUAGCCGACCAAGUUGUGCAGUUCAUCCGAACUCCCAACUUCGCCAUUCCGAUGCGUCAACGACAGAUUUCCGAGCAGGAGAUUUAUGCCAACAAGUCUCACAUCCAGCAUGUCUUCAAGGCGUGUCGUGAAACUAGGACCGGCCUGCCAAUCGUUGGAAAUGGCAAGAACACCUUCGACGUCUCCGAUGAGGAACGGAUGAAGACGUGGGACGAGCUUUGGAAGCGUGGGGGGUUCAAUUGGUCGCAAGGUGGCUUCUCCGACACAAUCCUCAGCAAGGAUGCGAACCGAGAGGCCUACAAGUACUGGUGUAGGAAGACCAGAGAGCGAAUCAGCGAUCCUCGGAAAGCCGACAUACUAGCACCUAAGGAUAUGCCGUACUGGAUCAGCACUAAGAGACCGUCGCUUGAACAGGAUUACUACGAGAUGUGCGAUCAAGCGAACGUUGAUAUCACAAACUCGGCCAUUGAGGAAGUGACGGCGAAUGGGGUCAGGACCAAAGAUGGCAAGGUAUAUGAAGUCGACAUCAUCGCGCUUUGCACUGGAUACGAUGCUGUCACUGGCGGGCUCCGCACUAUGGGUAUCAAGGGCAAAGAGGGCAUCGACCUCGACGAGAAAUGGAAGGACGGUGUCAUCACGCAUCUUGGUAUGAUUGCCAAUGGAUUCCCAAAUAUGUUUAUGAUCUAUGGCCCCCAGGCUCCUACCUCCCUCACCAACGGCCCGCCAUUCCUCGAGCUCCAAGUCGAGUGGAUCGUUGACGUUCUUGAGAAGCAGAGAGAACAGAAGAUUCGCAGCGUCGAGCCAAAGAGGGAAGAGGAAGAGGCGUGGAGGAAGCAUACUCUAGACCUCGCGAGCAAGACUCUUAUCGUAGACACCCCGAGCUGGUGGAUGGGUGCCAACGUCGAAGGCAAGAAGCAGGAGAUGCUCAUUUAUGCGGGUGGAAUUCCAGCAUGGCACAAGGCUUGCGUGAGUGCGUUGGAAGACUGGAAGGGAUUUGAAACUACAUCGAUAAAUUAA